AUGCCCAGUUGCAUAGCCGGACAUGUCCAUUGUGAACCCCUUCCUGAUUGUAACUGCAAAUACACCGCCUGGUCCUCCUGGUCGCCAUGUCAACCGACUUGUGGUCCCACAAGCCGACGUUUUCGCCAUCGGCAGAUAGCGAAGCCGGCGCGUGGCCGUGGCACACCUUGUCUACAUGUGGAUACCGAAAAUAUAACUUUCAGCUCAGUUUCAAGUGAAACAGUUGCUCCAACUGUCUCCAGCCUAAACGAGAAUCGUCUAAUCGAGACGACCAUGUGCUCCGAGGCGCCCGACUGCCCGAGCUGCUAUGACAAAGAGACCGGAAUUCGUUAUCCAGCCGGCGCAAGAGUACCGGUGCUAGGCGACGCCUGUUUGACGGCCUUUUGCAGCUGGACAGGCGCCGUGGUGAUGAUGUUGAAGCCGGAGCAGACCUCAGAGAUGCAGAAUAAUGAAGAUGCGAGGGGAGUUGUCGCUGAAGGACCCCCGGUCAUGUAUGGAGCCCGGCCCCCGCCGGCCUGGUCAGUCUGGUCUGAGUGGUCCGAAUGCCUUGGAACCUCAAGCGCGCUGAAAGACUGGUCACUGGGACAGGUUCAAGCAGAGGAGAGUACCAAUUUGGACACGGGUCUUUUUAGCAAAGCGAUACGACGCCGUGUCUGUUUGGACGUCUGUACAGGCAAGUCGUCCACGAGGUGUCCCGGAUCUGGCUACGAGGUCAAGUCUUGUGAACCAGUCGUCUGUCAUGUGAGUUGUAUGCAUAGUCAUAUAGGAUAUUUGGUCUUAAAUACUACUCACGAGUAUGAAUGGCUUGUUGUGAUCUAA